AUGCAGCGCCAGGGCAAGAAAUACUCGGAGAAGGUCUCUGAUCACUCCACUGCAGACGCGAAGAGAGAUCAGAGUGUCUUCCUGAAGCGUUGCAUGAUACGAAGGUGGCCGGAGUUCCCCAAGAAGGUCAUCGCGGGCGCAGGCUAUCACCAGCUGCUGAGUCCAGGAGAUGCGAGAGGUGGUUCAGGAGGGGAAGGCGUUACGGUGCAAAAGGAGGGGGAUGCCAGCAAAAUGGACGUGCUAGAAUUCGAGGAAGAGGACCAGGACGAAAUUCUUGACCCGCUGGAUAUUCUUCUGGACUACAUCCUAGAGACUUCUGGCACUGAAACAGCCAUCGCGAGCGACAAAGAUGUCCAAAGCAUCGACAGCAAUCGGGUGGUCGAUUUUGCCAGCUAUCUUCGCCAAGUGCAGCCUCCCGUGGAGGUCAACGGCGCACUUGGAUGGUUGCGCAUGGAAGAUGUCAUAUGCCACAGACGAGAGCGUGCUCUUGUGCGCUGUAUUAUCACUGCUUCCAGCCUUUCUCAAUGGCCAGGCAUCACCUUUGACGGCGCUGGUUGUUUACAGGGUUCGCGCAUCUUCAUUGGCCCCACGCAGGCGAAGUGUCGACCCCUGAAGUCGAAACGGCUCACUUUCUCUGAUCCUCGAAGGCCAUCCAAUGGUUGCAAGUCUUUUGCCCUUUCGACUGAUGGAAAGCUUCUGGCGGCAUUGUUCCACGCUAGCAAUAUCCUCAUAUGGCGGCUCUCCGACAGUCUACUGGUUCAGUGCCUGCGCCAUUGGGACGACACAGGCGAGGUUUCUUCCCUGUCAUUUUCUCCCAACGAUUGCACUCUUGUCUCUGGGUGCAAUAACAAGAGCACAAUCAUCUGGGAAAUUCAGAGUUGCCAUGUACUUCUUCGUCUAGAGGGUCAUGGUGGGCCGGUGAACAGGGUCACGUAUGCUCUUCAUGGCGCGCUUAUCGCCACUGGUUCUCACGACAGCAAAUCUGCAAAGAUUUGGGACUCCUCUACGGGAGCUUGUCUGCACUCCUUCAGCUUCGAUGAAGGCAUAUACAAGCUCAUUUUCUCCUCGGAUGCCUCUCGCCUCUAUAUUGAAAUGAACCGCUCCUGCCACAUCUACGACAUCCAAACCUACACGCACAGUGCUACAUUAUGCUAG